CAUGUAAACCAUUCCCCGAUGAAAUAGAAGGAAGUCCAGUAAACGGAGUAAUUUUCCCAUACGGUUUGUGUACAAAUGCAAACAAGAACAGUGGUUUUUGGGAUACGUACAUUAGUGAUUGGGUAGGAGAUGAAAAGACAUAUGUCAGUCGCCUGAAAUACCAUAAAGAUCCAGCGAAGUUGGUCAUUGUGAUUAGUAACGAUUUCAAAUAUACUCAUGAAUGCGAUAAAAGCGAGGCACUAAAUGUAACCAAAAUAAUUCGAAAGGAAGUUAACGUGCCAAUUUGCGUUGUUGCUCAACCCGAUAAUCGAAAGAGGGCUAAUACUUUUCUGGGGGAUGGCAGAGUGUUAAUAUUCUACGGCUCUGAUAUAAACGCAUCAACCCUUGUCGUAAAUAAAAAUAACAGCGAAAUAUUGAAAAUAAAGUUUGAGGACUGGAAGAAGGAAUUGCUCUUCCUUAACAGUCAUCAAGUGAUAGCCUUUCAUUUUACUGUGGUCAAUGGCACUGAGCCAGAAGAUAGCGAAGAGAUAUUCAGUAACACAUUCCCAGACAUUCCGUUGAGUACAUUACGCCUACUUGAUGAAUCAUCGAUGACUGGAGUUGACUAUCAAGUUGAAACGCAAUUUCGUUUCCAUGACGGUCCUGUAUAUGCAAUUGUUGGUUUUCGGAAAUUUGGUGAAGAAAAUCCAGCUACGGAAGAUGACUUUUAUUAG